AUGGCAAAUUCAUCAAGUUCUUCAUCUGGCAGUCCGGCGCUUGCCCGGUACAUUCAGCCUCCUCCAUCAACACUUUCCAGUAACACUGGAGCACCACCAACAAAUCCUGCACCUCUGACCCUUCGACUGUGGAGUCCUCCCCAUGCCCCUGCAUCUGGAACUACAAAUGACCGCUGGCGUGCCCCCCAUGGGGUAUCAGCAUCUCCGCUGACAUCAGUGCCAAUAAUAUCUUCCCGGGCAGGCAGGUCCAGCAACUCAACCAGAUCAUCCACUGCUCCCAGGAGACAAUUGACUCAGCGCACUGCUCAACCCAUCAAGUACUUGGUGGUCAUUCACCCUGAGCCGGUGUAUGGAACAGUUACGAUGGACUUUGAUCGGCUGUUUCGUGAACUCCGGUGCCCUGUACUUCAAAAGAUUGGCUCCUUUUUACGCCAGGCUGAUCAGCGAUCAGCACUGGGUGCUAAACUCACCUCAUCCCGGAAAUCUGCUGAAGAUGUCACUCACAAAGACUUGGCUGCAAAUGCUGAUAAACUCCCUGUACCGUCGCCUCAUCAUGAUCACUGCAUAGUGUUUGUUGUUCCUCUAGAGUUUAUUGUUACUGGCCCUCUCGAUGGACAGGGUUUGCACCUGUGUCUUGCACCUCGGCUCUGGAACAAGAACUUUCAACCAGACAUACAUGAAGAGGACACAGAAUUUACAUGCGCCGAUGGGUGCUCUGAGCAACCAUCGGCAGAUUCUGAUAUGGAUUUUGAUGUUCCUGAUUUUGCGCCAUUGACACCAGCAGAUACUACCAAUGUUGGGGUGUCUCUCUUCCUGCCAGGGCCGGUGUCUCCUGUUAAUAGGGUAGUGCCCUUAUCACCUCUACGCGUGCCUCAGAUUAUGUCCUUCGACGGUCCUGCUUCCUCUGCAUUGUCUGGUCCAGAUACUGCCACUAGUACCAUCAUGCGUCCCCCUGUUGCUUUGCAACCCCGUCAACAAUCUCCCACUGCUGCUGUCGCUGCUUGGAGAGGGAGAAUAGCAGCUGCACGAACGACCAUGCAGUCCCUCCUAAGUGAUGAUCCAGCCACCAUCACCAUCAGCGCAAAUACUGCAUCAGUUGCAGCCUGA